AAGUGACUACAGUGAAGUGACUACCAGGGAAGCUUAAAAAGAGAGAGGGUGAAAUUGCGGGCGCUGUGUGUGUGUGUCUGUGUGUGUGUGUGCGGGACAAGACCAUGCUCAGGUGUGAGGGAGGGGCAGGGCUGCGGAGGUGGCUGACCCUGGUCACAGGGCUGCUGGAGUGCCUUUGUUUUGCUGGGGCCGUGUUCGGCUGGGCCUCCCUGGUGUUCGUCCUGAAGACAGAAGGCUACUUCAGCUACCUGUGUGUCAACAUCCCCGGGGUCAAUGGAAUGCAAUUCCUAGACUGCAGUGGUCAGGAUGAACAGUUCUCCCUCAUCUUCACCAUCGCUUCCUUCAUGACCAACUUUCUACUGCUGCCCAAUGGCUUCCUGUUCGACCGUUUCGGCACCAUGGCAGUCAGGCUGCUGGGAAUAUCACUAUACACCACUGGUGCCUUGCUUGUGGCCUUUUCAAGUUCAGCUCUGUCCUCUCUCCUCUUCCCGGCCCUGUCCUUCAUCGCUGUGGGAGGCAUCUUGUUUCUGGUCACCAACAUGCAGAUAGGCAACCUGUUUGGUUCCGCUCGCUCCACCGUCAUCACCCUUUACAAUGGUGCCUUUGACUCCUCCUCCGCCCUCUUCCUCAUCAUCAAGCUGCUAUUUGAGGUUGGGAUCUCUCUACGUGCCUCUUUCCUCUUCCUGGCUGCGUGUGGCAUCAUCCACCUGGCCAGGACCUUCCUCCUUCUACCCAGAACACACAUCCCCUACCCCCUCCCUGAGGGCUACACCUACGGGAUGAAGAGCCGUGGCCAGGCCAAGACCUUCAGCUCAGAACAGGCAGCAGCCAACGGCAACAUGCAGAUUGAUGAUGUCACGGAGGAAAUGCCUUUUAACAAGGAGAGCGCAGAGAAAGUGGCUACUUUCUGGGAGUGUUUCCUGUCCAAGUUCUUCCUCUGGCACCUGGUGUGGCUUUCUGUCAUGCAGCUGAGGCACUACCUGUUCAUCGGCACCCUCAACCCCAUGCUGCAGAGACUGACCCAGGGAGAACCCUCUCUGGUGAGCACGUACACCAAUGCGUUUGCUGUGACCCAGCUGUGUGGGGUGCUGUGUGCCCCCUGGAACGGCCUCAUCAUGGACCGACACAAGGGCAAGCCCAGGACCCCCGGAGUGAGUGAGAAGGAGGCAGACCUGCGUGCGUCGGUGCUCUCCCUGACCCUGACGGCGCUGCAGUGUGUCCUGUUCUCCAUCUGUGCCUCCACCCCCUUCCUCCCCCUCCAGUACCUCACCUUCAUCCUGCAGGUCCUCAACCGAUCCUUCCUCUACGGAGGCCAUGCAGCCUUCAUCAGCAUUGUUUUUCCUCCCUGUCACUUUGGGAAGCUGUAUGGUAUGGCCAUGGCUCUGUCUUCAGUGGUUUCUCUGCUGCAGUACCCCUGCUUCAUCCUGGUCAAAGGAGUGCUGGGAGGAGACCCACUAUACGUGAACAUAGCUCUGACGUUACUCAGCCUGCUGGCCUUCAUCCAUCCUGCCUGUGUCUAUCUGCAUUGUCGUGGCCUGGCUGCCCGGAGGGGUAAACCCAAGGACUCACCUUCCUCUUAGACCAGCUCUAAAAAUACUUUCAAAUGGUAAUUUCAGCCCUCACUACUAUAGGACACCAAUAAGAAGAAGAGACUUGCUUGGGCCAAGAAACAUGAGCAAUGGACAUUAGACCGGUAGAAAUGUGUCCUUUGGUCUGGAGUUCAAAUUGUAGAUGUUUGGUUCCAACCGCUGUGACUUUGUGAGAUGCAGAGUAGGUGAACGGAUGAUCCCUGCAUGUGUAUUUCCCAUCGUAAAGCACGGAGAAGGAUGUGUUAUGGUGUGGGGGUGCUUUUCAAGGCACACUUAACCAACAUAGCUACCACAGCAUUCUGCAGCGACACCCCAUCCCAUCUG